AUGUCAAAUAAAAGCCGAGCAAGUUUUCAGACCCUUCUGUUGACGUCUCUGCUAUUAUUUUCCUCAAGGAUUCCCAACCCAGAUGCUGCAAGAAUUCUUGCAAUCUCCACAGACUGGAGCCACUGGAUUAUCAUGAAAUCCCUGCUUCUGGAACUGGUGGAGAGGGGGCAUGAGGUGACAGUGCUGAGGAGCGACAGUUCGCUGAGGGUUGAGGCAACGUCUGAAAAAUUCACCAUGGAAACCAUCCGUAUUCCGGGAGGUCAGCCGCACGCUUCUUAUACUGAGGAAGAGAUUCAUGAUAUUAUCUUCAAACUGCUGUACGUGGAAGAUGGUUUCCUCUCCAGCAUCCACGCUUUCCGGACCUUAUGCACCCUGUACUACAUCAAUAUUGUAGUGACUUUUCCGUUCAUUCAGGGACUGUUCGAGGAUCGCGCUUUGACGGAUCGGCUGAAAGCUGGAAGAUUUGACGUCGUUUUGGCCGACCCUUACCAUGCAGCCGGUGCCAUGCUGUCCCAUGUACUUGACACACCGCUGGUGUUUUUCGGCAGGUGGAUGAUAUCCGGGGACGUCCAUUUAAACUUCGCCCCGUCGCCACUCUCCUUUGUUCCCAUGUUAAAUUCACGUCUGAGCGACAGAAUGUCGCUUUUGGGCAGAUUGAAGAAUGUACUGAUAUAUGGACUGGCUAAAUUCAUAAACAGCUUCUACAUUUACCCAACUUACAAUCGCCUUUGUCAGCUUUACCUCAAUGAUGACAUUACCGUGGAAGAACUUUAUCGAAAGGUUGAUAUCGUCUUAAUGAAGGUUGAUUUUGUUUUUGAGUAUCCCCGGCCGACCAUGCCAAACCUGAUUUACAUCGGAGGUAUCCAGUGCGGUCCGGGGCGACCGCUCCCUGCUGAUCUGCAGCGAUUCAUGGACAAUUCUGGCGAGGAUGGCGUGGUGAUCUUCUCCUUGGGAAGUGUGGUGGGCAUGCUUCCGCGAGAAGUGGCGAGUGAAAUCGCAACAGGACUGGCCGGGCUCCCUCAAAGGGUGAUCUGGCGGUAUAUUGGAGCACUACCCUCAACAUUGGGAAACAACACAAAGAUAAUGAGUUGGCUUCCUCAAAAUGACCUGCUGAGUCAUCCGAAAACAAAAGCGUUCAUCUCUCACGGCGGUGAGAAUGGGCUUUAUGAAGCCAUUUAUCAUGGGGUCCCCGUGGUUGGUAUUCCAAUACUUGGUGAUCAAUAUGAUAACCUUCUGCGUCUCAAAACCCGAGGAGCAGCGGUCAUGUUAGACUUGGCUCACAUUAAAAGCCAUGAUAUUUUCCAUGCAGUGAAGACAGUCAUCGAAAACCCUUCCUAUGCAGAGAACAUGAAACGAUUAUCCGCCUUGCACCGGGACGUUCCAGUGCGGCCAAUGGAGUUGGCUGCUUUCUGGAUUGAAUACACAAUAAGGCACCGGGGGGCUCCUCAUUUUAGAGCCGUGGGUAAUGAUCUGCCAUUCUGUCAGUACCACUCACUGGAUGUGUUUACCAUUAUUGUGGUUUUCAUGGGGCUUUUCCUUUAUCUUGCAUUUAAAUUUCUAAAAGCAUUAUUUGUCAAAGUGUGCUCGGGGAGGAAGAGGAAACUGGACUAA